AUAACUUCCUAUUUCAAUCAGUUAAAUGGAUGAAUUAGACAUUGUGACAUAACACACAUUUUGGAUUGUUUUAAAGUUUUUUUUAUCAUGGGUGGUAAAAUAUCGAAGCAUGAUAAUAAGGAGGAACCGUUUUUGUUGUCUGGAACAAGACAUCUUAUAAAUCGGUUGAGCCAUUAAUUCUUCAAACAAGGCAAGUUAAGCAGACAGAGAAUUAUGCAAAGGGUUUAUUAUCAAUGCUGAAAUGGUACAUGAUAUCGCCAUUAAAAAUAUGGACUACCAAAAUUCGUGUGACGAAGACGUUCUAAAUUUAGUAACUUACAUUUUGAAGUCUGAAGAUCAGAGCAGUAUUAUAUUUACCGGCAUAUUGAAAUUCAUAUAUCUGAGAUACCGGGUCAGGGAUAACUUUAAGCCUGUCAGGUGGAAUUAUUUUGAUGACUUACCCAUAAAUCAAGAUGAUCCGAUGCAUGAUCCUACAUACCAUUUGCAAGGUGAACCGGAUGAAAACAACGGGGAAAUACGUAAUCCCGAUCUUGACGUGUGGCUUCCAAGAGUCAAUGAGAGUACGGGAACAACAUAUGGUGUGGAUGAUGAUGCAUGUGGAUAUGAUUCCGGUCAAUUUUUCUAUCAUGAAACUGUUUUACAAGAGACAUUACCAAAAUUGCCCGUUAACCCCGAAAAUAUUCAAGAUGAAACAAAACCAAAGACUCCCGAGCAACCAGAUCAUUAUGACGUGAUUAAUGAUCUCGAGAUGGACCUGUCAGACACGGAACAGAAACAACCAAUGUCAGUUCAUAAAAAUAAUGAUCAUGCUAAUGUUUAUCAUGGGUUUCCUAAACGCCGAGCUAAUUAUGAACAGAUGGUCAAGAUAUUCAAGCCACUCAUUGUUAAAAACGUCAACGUGAAGAGACUGCUACCUCAUUUACCAUUUUUGUACAAUGUUGAAUGUAAAAUCCGUGCCAUUGAAGAAAGAGAUCCACAUGCUGCUAUAAUAUACCUCAUUGAUGAGUUAUGUUCAGGAAGCAACACAGAGCCUGGACGCUGGAGACAAUUCAUGCAAGCAUUGGAAGCAUGUGGAUAUAAAUGCAUUGUCGACACUUUAAGAGGAGAAGAGCCUGUUGACCAUACAUACCAAAGACAAUAUUUGAAAAUAAUAACACCUGUUCUUCGUGAGUUAAUUGUACCACAAGAGGUGGUGCAAAUACUCUGGGCUUAUAACGUCAUUUCCUCAGAAGAUAAAGAAGAAAUUAUACAAACAGAACGGAUGUUUGGUUCUCUAGCCGCGACAGAUAAAUUACUUGAUAUGGUCCCAAGGCGACACGAAUUUUGGUACUCUCAUUUCGUUGAUGCACUUACAAACGCUGGACGGUACGAAGCUGCAGAUUUGCUGGCAAUACCAGAGAUACUUGAUUCUGAAGGUGAAAAAGUACAGAAAUGUUCAGACACUGACGACAAUAUCGACGACAAUGAGUAUAUUUGCAGAAAGGAAAUUUCAACAACUUUGAGAACAAAUGACUACUUAGAAAUGAUGGAAGAUCACCAAAGUAAUAAGCUACAUUUUACUGAACGCUAUAAGAAUUUCGAUUGCUCCAAAGAGUAUAGCGACAAUGGAAGGGACGAAAUAGACGAAUUGUAUAUGAAAAUGCGCAAACCUGAAAACAAACCGGAAAUAGUAAAUUUUGACAACUUUUCUAAACAUUCAUUUGAGAUUGAAGAAACAGAACGGUAUGAGGAAUAUCAGCCUAGAGAUUUGAGCGGAGAAUACAGGUCACUGACUGACAUGACAUCAGAAGAUAGUAUGUCUAUCAGUGAACCACCACAAAUUCCACAAAGGAGGUGGAAUAAGCAGUAUUCUAAAACAGAUAUAAAUAGCUUGAAAGUAGGAAAUUCGCUUGAAAUAGAUAUCAAAGAUAUCAAAGACAAUUCAAGCGAUACAAACAGCGUCGAAGUAAUAAAAUUGACCACCCCAGAACCAACAAGGUGUUAUUUUCCCGACCAUACACCUUUGCAUUCAAACAAAGUUAAAAUACUGAAUAAACCACCAGUUCCCUCUCCCAGAAAACGAAUCAGUUACAGCGAAGGCACGACAAAGUCGCUACAAACCUGCAGUAAAGUUCAGCAAUCUGGAACGGACAAGUCUGGCACUCCUAAAUCAAUACCUUCAAAACCUUCUGAAACAUCGGCAGAUUAUUCGGGUAAAGGUGUCUUUGUCAUGUAAAAAUAUUUCAUCCAGGUUAAUUGUAAUAUGCACACAUAAAGAGUAUAAAAUUAUAAUUUUCACAUCUUAUGAAAUGAAAUAAAAUUUACUUUCAGCAUUUGUACCACGCGUUGUUUCAAUAUAUAAUUGUUGGAUCAAAUCUUAUCAUUUUAGCCUAUUUAUUAUUUUCAGCACAAAAGGCUCACAUCGAACCCCCAGUGACGUCGUUUUCAUUUCCCGAGAGCAAAUUAUUCAUAUACAAUCCAUAUCAAAGCCAACAUAGCCUUGUUUUCAUUUCCAGAGUCCAAAAUGUCCGUAUCAUACCGGCAAUAUCUAAACCCGCGAAGAACGGUUAAAUUUAUAUUUAAAUAUCAUAUUUGAUAGAUAGAUAAAAUAUGUUAUUAAUUGUUAUGUGAAAAUUAUUUUUUGAAUUUCGAAUUAU